AUGAUGACAUGGAAGAAGAAAUCAAUGUCUGAUUUAGAGGUUAGACAACUAUGUUAUGAAGUCAGUGCACUGUCUUUUUAUGUAGUGGUUUUGGGUAAUCACCUAGUUGGCUUGCUCGCUUAUAAAGUAGGGGAAAGUGCUCUCAGUACGGUCAAUUGUCAUUAACGUGUUAAUCGCGUUCUCUUUUUCCUUUUUUACAGUGCAAGGAAUGGGGUUUUUGUCUCAGGGACCUGUUUGGACUCGGGCUCGGUACCAGUGACUAUGGCCAUUUAACUGUUGAACAUGCCUCCAUGUUACUUAGGAACUUCAGAUCUUUACGUGACUACAGCAAUCAAGGCUUUGAGACCUCGCAUAAACUGCAAAAGCAGAUAUAUAGCCGGGUGACUAACCACGACAGCAGUGGCGAAGCUUCUUCAUGUAAGUAACAAGUACAAUCGAAUUGCUGUCAAUUGAUAAACCAACAGUGAAAAAAAAAGAAGAAAAAACCUCUUUCUGUUUUCGUUUUAAUAGUUGUAUAUAUCAUAUGGGCUAGUGAAGACGUUUGCAGAAAUUUUCUGUACAACUAUGGUAAAUUCCUCUUGCCAAAAAGCGCUUCAUUUUAAAGCAAGUGUCAACUUUUCGGAAUGCACUGCGAAAUGAGUGAAUUGUAUCCCAUUUUAUACUUUUGAAGAAAGUGCAAGAAUUUUUUCUUUUACUGUUAGCAACGAGAUGAUCAAACAAAACGUUGCCUGUUGAACCGGCAUUUCAUAUAAAAUUCAAUUAAUUAUUAAUGCAUACUUCUGUUUCUUCUUCAGUGGACCAGAUAUUAACUCACCAUUACGCUGAAAGGCUUCUGUUCUUAAGGCUUUGCUUCAGAAAUGCUAAAGAAUGCGCAAGAAAAGGCGGAAAA